GAGUACUGCUGUUUAUCAACUAGAAUCAAGCAGACGUGUUGCGAUUUUUAUUUAGUUUUAGUGUUAUGUGAAGACGAUACGAGUUAUUGUGCAUAAGAAUUUGGAGUGUUUAGGCAUUCUUAUUAUUUAUUUUGUGUUUAGUUUGUUUUAGAUUGGAACAAUGUCUACGUCAUCAUUACUGACUCGGCCAGGCCAAAUACCUCUGGACGAGGAGUACCAGAAAAAUACCGGCAUCACUCCUGAAGACAUCGCUCAGCUGAGAGCCUGGCUCGACACGCAGCCUCAUCUACCAGCUGGCCAUAUCACCGAUCUGGACCUCAUACUGGCGUACCACUGCUGUAAUAAAAGCUUCGCUGUUGCUAAGGAAGUCCUGGACCUGAAUCUCACACUGAGGACUCUCUUCACCAACUACUUCAAGAACAGGACUAUAGAAAAACCGUUCCCAGGUUUUGAUUCAUGCCUUUUUACCCCGCUGGACAUCCGCACGAAGAGCGGCCAGGCCGUGUUCUACGCCAGGCUGAUAGAUUACGAUCCCAAGAAUUUUAAUUUCUGCAGCGCUGUCAAAGCAUACCUGAUGGUGACGGACAUCUGGCAGUACAAGGAGGGGACGUGGCCGGGCUUCGUGUUUAUGAUCGACCUGGACCGCAUCGUGCUCAGCCAUCUCACCAAGCUGGACAUCCAGACCAUGCAGCAGUUCCUCUACUUCCUUCAGGAAGGAAUGUUAGUGAAGCUACAAGGGCUUCAUUUUCUGAACGCGCCGUCAUUCAUGGACAAGUUGAUGAUGAUCAUCAAGCCGUUCCUGAAAAAGGAGCUGAUGGAGGUGCUGCACAUCCACCAGAUCGGCUCGAGGUCGCUUGAGGAGUUCGUGCCCAUGGCCGGUCUGCCCAAGGACGCUGGCGGCGAGUUCAAGACUAUAGAACAGUGCAGCAAGGAUAUCAUAGCUGUGGUAAAUGCGAACGCAGAUUACUUCAUAGCCGAGAGCAACAAGAGGGUGGUCGAGGCUAAGAGGCCAGGGAAACCCAAGACCAUCUCGGACAUAUUUGGUGGAGUGGAAGGCUCCUUCAAGAAACUAGAUAUCGAUUAGCGUCAAAAUUUGAUCAAUAUAUUCGCCUGUCGUCAAUCGAUUCAAUAUUUUCGAAAGCUGAUCUAAAAAUAGAUUAAUCCAUUUUAAUUUACGAUUUUUCUCUUAGAGUAAGUACUUUAAGUACAAUCGAUCGCGGAAAUAAUGAAUUUAUUCGAUUUCGAUUUUAUAGUUUCUAUGUAUAUUCUUCGUUUUAAUUAAGUAAUUAACUUAUAUUUAAUAGGUAAGUAUCUAUAUUAUGUUUUUAUGGUGAUGUAAAUAUAUUUUUAUACAUGGGAAAUAGGCGAUAAAAAUUAAACAUAUAAUCAAUAAAA